CGUGUGUGUGUGUGUGUGUGUGUGUGUGUGUGAGUGUGAGAGAGAAAGAGAGCAAGAGAGAGAGAUGAAACCGUCAAAUCCUCGUCGUUCACCUUUAAAAUCCAUCACCGCAGUGCUUGCGUAUUGGAGCUUGGCUGGCGCGCGCAUCGGAAGGGCUCGCUGCACCAUUGCACCUGUUCUCGAGGUUGCAAAUCACAGGAAGUCGCUGUGCAAAAACGGCGUAUUCGUCGAGCUUACGGUUUAGGCUGAAAGACGUCAGUUCGACAAGAAUUACCCGAGAGCGGAAGAGACCAGACAGCUGUCAGACAUCGCUUUGUUGUCGGAAUACAGUGGAGGAUGCAGCCGUGGUCUCUAAGGGCACAGAGCUUGUGGUCGGCUGUGAACGGAGAGUCACAACGAGGCGUACCUGACUCAGAAUAAACCAGACUGGGAAUCCAAUUUCAGUCAGUCCACAUACAAUCAUAGUCAUUCUGCUGGAUGCUUCCUCUAACAUUAAUGAUGAGAGUAAUCCUGUAUGUUAGAACUUAAGAUGUUUACCGAGAGAUUGAAAUCAUCUCUGGAGCCUGUGCGGCUGUUAUUUUAUUCCAAGGCAGAAGGUUGCGCUCAACCCUUCUGAAUAUUUUAGUGAAUGAGGAACCUAUUGAACCGAGCUCUUCUGGCAGCACUGGAGAAUUUCAGUGUUCAUGGCUAGAACAGAAACAUUUAUGUUGGUCACUUGAGUUCCCCAAAAACUCCUUAUUCACACAGAUGCAAUACUUUGGUGGGGAGGUGUAACAAAAGGGGCAAGGGCAACUGAAAAGCGAGAGCUUCCCACAACUUCAAAUCAUGCAAUCAGACGAUCUUUUCAUCCGCAAGUUCCGCAGGCAGAGCCCACGCCCGACCCUAGCGAGAGUGAACUUUGACCCCAAGCAGGAUGGUGGUAGCAUGCGGACACGAGUUGUGGCAGAAUGGCCUCCUAGGAGAGAGGGAACAAACAGCGAGACUGUCACACCCAGCGCAGCUGCACUGAACCUGAGGACAGUAGGUCGUGGACACAUAAUGCAGCGCAGCAACAGUGAUGUCACCCUUGGAGAUUUGGAUUCAGUGGGGCAAGUCGGGAGGAAGUUGCUCCGAGUAGGCGUGGACAAAUCUGGGACUGUUGGGCCGGGCGAUUCCCUCCACCGAGAGUACGGAAGCCUGUCCUCGCUAGAAAGACAAACCCAGAUUGUAGAUCCCGGUUCGGAAGAUCAAGGUGUUCUCAGUCCCAGUGCCUUGCGCUUCAGAGAUCCGUUUGUUCUUCUGGGUCUGCAAGAGGCACCUCCUGAAGUGGACGGAGAGUAUCAAGGAAACUGUGCUCCAGCAGCAGACACGUCAAAACCGGUCAAGCCCCCCAAACCAGAGGGGCUCGGUAAGAAGGCCAAAUCGUCCCCUCUGCAGGCCCCUCAGUUUUCCUGUGACCAAGUCCCAGGUGGUGCUUGGGUACGCAAUUUUGCACACUAUGACGUACAGAGCAUUCUCUUCGACCUGUCGGAGGCUGCAACCAAUCGGGACAGCAUUGGACGCAAGAAGAACAUCACGUCCGGUGCGUCAGCUGCCUCUCAACUCCGUCCACUUUCACAAUCCACGCCUUCCUCAGUUUCUCAGGGUGGAGGGGGCGGCUCAGGAAACGGGACUGGCUCGGAAGAUGUAGAGCAGUCCUUGCUGGACGAAGGAGAUGGGAACGAUAAUGAUCUCCUGCUCAGCUGUCCUCAUUUUCGGAAUGAGAUGGGUGGCGAGGAGAGCGUGGGGCUCAGCCUGCCGCGGGCCGGCAGGCACAGGUGGAGGAGUUUUCAAAGUCCCAACAAUGCUGUGUCCAUGUUAGAGGAGCCCAGGGAGAGCCAUGUCCAGGCACAGGGGAAAAGUAAUUACUUCAUAGAGCAUGCAGACCUUGGGGCUCGAUACUAUCACAAGUACUUUUACAUGAAAGGCCUCCAAAAUGCAGUUGUCGUAAUGAAUAUUAGUCGGUCCCAGUACAACUACAGAAUCAUUUUCAGGACCACUGAACUGAAGACCCUGAGAGGUUCGAUCCUGGAGGAGUCGGUUCCCUCCGCAGCACGCCACACCACGCCACGCGGCCUUUCGCCCAAGAGACUGCUGGAGUUUAUUUUGCCCGAUCUCAACCUACAUUGCCUCAGACUAGCCUCCACGUCCCCUAAAGUCAGAGACACGCUCCUCAAACUGGACGAGCAGGGGUUGAAUUUCCAGCAUAAGGUGGGCAUUAUGUACUGCAGAGCAGGACAGAGUACUGAAGAGGACAUGUAUAACAAUGAGAGCGCCGGACCAGAGUUCGAUGAGUUUCUGGACCUUCUUGGAGAGCGAGUACGACUCAAGGGCUGGGAGAAAUACAGAGCUCAACUAGACACCAAAACUGACUCCACUGGUACACACUCACUGUAUACUCGCUAUCAGGAUUACGAGGUUAUGUUCCAUGUCUCCACCAUGCUUCCAUACACAGCCAACAAUACACAACAGUUACUGAGGAAGAGACACAUAGGGAAUGAUAUCAUCACUAUAGUCUUCCAGGAGCCAGGUGCUUUACCCUUCACCCCCAAAGCCAUCCGUUCUCACUUUCAGCAUGUGUUCAUCAUUGUCCAAGUACAUGAGCCCUGCACCGAAAACACCCAUUACAGAGUUGCAGUAACUCGUUCCAAGGACAUCCCUCUCUUUGGUCCUCUCUUCCCUAAAGGUGCACGCUUCCCACGUUCUCCUGCCUUCCGUGACUUUCUCCUCGCCAAAGCCAUUAACGCAGAGAACGCGGCAGAGAAAUCAGAGAAAUUUCGCUCUAUGGCCACACGUACGCGGCAGGAGUACCUAAAAGACCUGGCGGAAAACUACGUCACCACAACGCCCAUUGAUUCGUCCACCAAAUUCCCCCUGCUGUCGCUUGGCGGGAAGCGCAAAGAGAAGCUGAAGGGAGCUAAAGGUGCGGAGCUUCACAGUGCAGGUGCUUUAGUGUGGGCCGUCACCGUCGUUCAGGGCGGCGAGAACAACGGUCUGGGCCUGUCCUGUCUGCUCGGCGUAUCGGCGGAGUCGGUCGUGCUCAUAGAGCGAUUCACGCGAACCGUCAUAUUCAACUGCAGCUGCCGCGAUGUGAUCGGCUGGAAGGCUGUGACUGAGCCUGGAGCUCCGGGUGGCCCUUCGCUGGAUAUCUUCUACGAGAGAGGCGAGGCGGUGACUGUCACGACGUCGGAAAGCCAAGUUGAGGAUAUUAAAGAGGUUGUCCAAAGGCUGGAGCUGGUGACGCGAGGCUGUGAGGCGCGUGAGGUCAUUCCCCUGCGGGACGGUGUCGGCCAGCCGGGCUUCCUGAUGAGCGAGGAAGGCUUUGUAACGGAGCUCCAGCGGUUCGGAUACGCGGAGAGCGGCGGCCUGCAGCUGGGGGCUCGUGUGGUUCGUCUCUGUGGGCAGGUCCUGGUGCACCUCAGCCUGGAAGAGCGGAGCCGACUCCUCCGCGCGGCUCAAAAGAUCCACAUCACAGUCAUUCCUCCAGACGAGAACGGAAAACCACGCAGGAGUUUCUCUGAGCUCUACCAGAAGGCCAUCCAGGACGCGGAGAGCAAAUCCGGAGAGGGACGGUCAGGCGAGGCCUGGGUUCUGGAUGACGAUGAAGAAGUUGAGGUUGAUGGCGGCGGAGGAGAGAAAGAGGAGAAGAAAGAGAUUGAAAAUAAGACGUCAGACAGUGAAACUCUAAAGCAGGAGCUUCUUGGAGAGCAGAUGGAAUUUCCGGAGCCCAUGGAAACAGAUUUGCUCCUCUCUCCACCCAGCCUGCCUCUCUUACGGGCGACUUCCCUGCAGGACAGCAUGAAGAGCCAGAGCCCUGAAGUCACCCCCGUCUCUCUCACACGGAGCUACUCGCUAGAAGGACACGCUCCGUAUCAGGACAUCAUUGAAGGGCAUGUAUACGAUAACGUGGGGCUGAAAGCAAACAGGCACAUCUAUGAAAACCCUGGAGAGCUUUGGGACGAGACCCCUGACCUCAUUCUGGCAGUCAAACCCAAAGUGCCUCUGGAGCAAGAGGAACAGUUUGUGUGUGAUCAGGGGCCUGAAGAGAGGCCGUCGGUCAGUGAUGUGACCAUGAGAUCCUCCUGCAUGGAAAGUGCAGAAAGAAACUCCAGAGCUCUGAGCCUCCAUAACUCCAUCACUAAGAUUCUCUCAGAGACAGCAGAUUCAUCUGAAGAAGAGUGGCAGUCGAUUUCUGAUCUGGCCAACGCCUGCCGGAACAUUCUGGAAGCUUUGUCUCGAGAAGACCGGAAGUCAGGAGAUGGAUCACAAGCAUCCCCAGAAAACCAGCCAGGUCAGACAGAAACCAGGUUUAAAGACAUCAAGGACAGUGACUCGCCUGGUCACCUUGAGGAGAAAGUGUCCCAGUUAGAGGCCAUGCUGAAGCGACUGCAGGACGACCUCCAAAAGUCCUUGCCCUCUUCGCUACUUCAAAGAGCCACUGCUACUUCACAGAGCCAAUCACACAGAGGGACUGUAGAGGUAGGGCGGGACAAGCAAAAGAAACCUGUCUUGUCAUUGAGCAGGGUGAACAGAGGAGAUGAGAAGAUUGCUGGAGGGACAUUGGGCAGCCAUGCUCACUCUCAACACUAACCCACCAAUGGCAGUUAAGGAGAAAGAGGACAAGGCAAUGCUGCAAGCAGAGGUGCAAAAUCUCAGGCAGAACAACCAGCGGUUGCAAGAGGAGUCCC